AUGUCGCAAGCAACCUUCAAGCAGUACUAUCUCCCUCAGAAAUCAGGAUUUGAUAGCCUGACUUUGCGUGAAGUCCCCAAAAUCUCUCCCAAAUAUGGCCAGAUCUUAGUCCGCCUCAAAGCUGUGUCACUCAAUUGGAGAGACGCGAUCCUCGCAAUCGGAACGUACCCAUUUCCGAGCCCUGAUGCGCUCGUGCCAGGUAGCGAUGGGGCCGGCAUCGUCGAGGCAGCUGGGGAAGGAGUAGCGGAAUGGAAGCUCGGCGACAAAGUCCUGGCCAAUUUCACCCAAGAUCACCUCGCUGGUCGACUCAAUAUGCAGACAAUCUUGACACAACUCGAGGGCGAGACACAAGGAUUACUUGGCGAAUACUUCAUUUUUCCCAAGACCGGAGUUGUCCGUAUCCCGGACUAUCUCUCCUUCGAAGAAGCAUCCUGCCUUCCCUGUGCAGCCCUCACUGCCUGGAAUGCUUUAUACGGUCUAAUGCUGUUGACAGCCGGCCAGACAGUGCUUGUCCAAGGCACCGGCGGUGUUUCGACUUUUGCUCUGCAAAUCGCCCAUGCAGCGGGCGCAAGGACUAUCGUGACAUCCUCGUCCGACGAGAAAUUGGCCAAAGCGAAACAGCCCGGUGCGACACAUCUAAUUAAUUACCGAAAAACACCUGAAUGGGCUACCCAGGCCAAACAGAUCACGAAUGGCCGUGGAGUCGACCAUAUCAUUGAGGUCGGGGGAACACUCACUCUGCAAGGAUCGUUCGAUGCUAUUGCGAUGCACGGAAUUAUCCACUGCAUUGGACAUAUUACGAACCCCGAUCCAUUAGGUGCUGGUAAAGACCUUCGUGGCCCGGAUGCUGCUUUCCUGGCAUUGGAUCGAUUAUGUAUCGUCCGAGGAGUGGUGGUUGGUUCCCGAGGGCAAUUAGAGGAGAUGCUAGAAUGUUUCGAGACAAGUUCAAUUCGACCUGUCAUAGAUCGAAUUUUCAGCUUCGAGGAAGUCAAGGAAGCAUACGAAUAUCUCUGGGGGUCGACACAUACAGGAAAGGUGGUGAUCCGUGUUGAUUAG